AUGCUUAACGAAAAAGUAAUAGGAGAAUAUGUUUAUAUAUUAUCUGAAGAAUGCAAAGUUGGAGUUGGUUAAUUCAGUCAUGUUUAUAAAGGAUAUCAUGAAAAGACUAAGAAACUAGUGGCAAUUAAACAAAUUGACAAAAAAUAAACUAAAGGUAUUUUUGAAUAGAUGCUUCGAAAUGAAAUCAAUAUACUUAGGCAAUUAGAUCAUUAAUAUAUUCUAAAGAUGUAUUCUCAUUAUGAAACACAAAACAAUUAUUAUAUAAUAACAGAAUUUUGUGAAACAGGUAUAUAACUUAUUAAUAAACUAUAGACAUUCUUUAAAUUAUAAAAUAACAAGGUUCUUUACCUGAAGAUACAGUAAUUAAUUAUAUUUAAUAAAUUGGUGAAGCAUUAUAAUACUUAAAUUCAAAAAGUAAAGUAUGAUUUGACUAUUAUUAGAAAUCAUUCACAGAGACAUUAAACCAUCAAAUAUCUUAAUUCAUGAAGGGGAAGUAAGACUAGCUGAUUUUGGUUUUGCAAUUCAAUAAGGCAGUGUUGGAUUUGAAGAUAAAUAAUUUUAAAUCGGAUCUCCAUUAUAUAUGUCUCCAGAGACAUUAAUAAAAAAUGAAUACAAUCAUAAAACAGACUUAUGGUCUCUUGGAAUUCUAUAUUUUGAAAUGAUCUUUGGUAUCUAUUUAUGUAUAUUAAAUAGGUAUUGUUCCCUUUUAUUCAAUUGAAGAUAAAAUCGAUGAUUUAAUCAGAUAAUUAAAACAAUAUCAAAUGGAUUAUACAUUAAUGUUUAAACAUAAAAUAUCAGAAGCAUCUACAAAUGCUAUAAGAAAUUUAUUAGCCUAUAACCCAGUUCAUAGAUGUGAUAUUUAAUAAUUGUAAAUAAUACUCAAAAAUCAUGAAAAAAAAAGAUAAUUAGAAGAUACUAGUAUUCAUUCAUAAAAAAGAACUAUUACUCCUGAAAAAAGAAAAAAAACUACACCUAAUUAAAGUCCAGAAAAUAGAAGCAAAGUAGCUCUUGUAUAAAAAGAAUUAAUUAAAAUAAGUUUGCCUGCUUUAAGUCUUGAUAAAAAAACUACUUGUUUUACAAAAAAAAAGCAUAAUAAAGAAGAUGAUUAAUAAAAUUCAAAGAGAGAAGAAAAUCUAGGAACAGACAGAAAGGAUAAUGGAGCUGCUCAUGAUAUCUCGAUUAUUAAAAAAUAAGAUUAAAAUUCAUAAAGUAAUCAAAUAACACAAGAAAAUAUGAAUAAUGAAGAUUUCUUAGCCUUUGUAAUUAAGAAAUUAGAAUCAGCAAAGAGAUAAGAUGCAAAUUAAAAUAAAUUAAUUUAAGAGUGUUAAUUAUUGUUAGUAUGAUUUUUUUCUAUAUAAGUAUCAAUAUUAUGGGAAAGAUCAAGAAAUACUAAAGAGUUUGAAAAAACAGGAAACUAAUAGUUGA